UCUGAGAAGAGAAGAGAGAAGGACGGGAGUGCAGGCUUCCGCCGCGGCGCGCGAACAGAGCGGGGGGCUCCGGCGUCCCCUCCCGGUCCUCGCCGCCCCGGCUGGGAUGUGAGCAAGGAGAGCCCUCAGCGCCUGCCUCCCGCCCUCGAAGGUGCCCCCCGGAGAGCGCAUUGGGAGCACCGCUGGUGUCCCUGCGCCCGCAGCGCCGCGGGACGGGAGUGGCAAGGAGCCCUGGGGCCGGUUCCCAGCUCCCACUCUUCAGAAAGAGCGGCCGGGGGGCACCGCUUUCCUGGCGCUCGGCACAACUCCGGGGCCAGCAGCGCGCGGCUGGACAGAGUCCCGCUUCCCGCCGACUCACCGGGAGCGGGGGACAGCGCCUGCCCGCCUGCGCUCCCUGUAGCCCUAGCUUCUCGGCACCUGCGCCGAUUCCCGCCAAGGGGCUGAGCCCCGCGGCUCCCGGCCCCCGCAGCCUCCUCCGACCCCAUGGAGAACGCGCCCGCCGCGGCUUCCUGAUUGCGGGCGCCGCCGCCGUCCAAACCGCGCGCUGGGGUCCUCCAUUCCGCCCCUCUUAGGGGCGUCCGAGAGGCCAAGGAAGAGCGCACCAUGAAGUCCGUGCUGUUCAGCCGCUUCUUCAUCCUCCUGCCCUGGAUCCUAAUCGUCAUCAUCAUGCUCGACGUGGACACGCGCAGGCCCGCGCCCCCGCUCACCCCGCGCCCCUACUUUUCUCCCUACGUGGUGGGCCGCGGGGGCGCCCGACUCCCGCUCCGCAGGGGCGGCCCCGACAGCGGCCACGGGCGCGGCUGGGAGAAGCGCAACGACUCGCGACCACAGCCACAGCCGCAGCCGCGGCCGCGGGCCGAGCCGCCUCUGCCCACCAUCUAUGCCAUCACGCCCACCUACAGCCGCCCGGUGCAGAAAGCCGAGCUGACCCGCCUGGCCAACACUUUCCGCCAGGUGGCGCAGCUGCACUGGAUCCUGGUGGAGGACGCGGUGGCGCGCAGCGAGCUGGUGAGCCGCUUCCUGGCGCGGGCCGGGCUGCCCAGCACUCACCUGCACGUGCCCACACCGCGGCGCUACAAGAGGCCCGGGCUGCCGCGCGCCACGGAGCAGCGUAACGCCGGUCUCGCCUGGUUGCGCCAGAGGCACCAGCACCAGCGCGCGCAGCCGGGAGUGCUCUUCUUCGCCGACGACGACAACACCUACAGUCUGGAGCUGUUUCAGGAGAUGCGAACUACACGCAAAGUCUCUGUCUGGCCAGUGGGCCUGGUUGGUGGGCGACGCUAUGAACGUCCGUUGGUGGAAAACGGCAAAGUCGUGGGCUGGUACACCGGCUGGAGAGCAGACAGGCCUUUUGCCAUCGACAUGGCAGGAUUUGCUGUAAGUCUUCAAGUCAUCUUGUCCAAUCCAAAAGCCGUAUUUAAGCGUCGUGGAUCCCAGCCAGGGAUGCAAGAAUCUGAUUUUCUAAAACAGAUAACAACAGUUGAAGAACUGGAACCCAAAGCAAGUAACUGCACCAAGGUUCUCGUGUGGCACACUCGGACAGAGAAGGUUAACCUAGCCAACGAGCCGAAGUACCGCCUGGACACAGUGAAAAUUGAGGUAUAAACUGAAGCAGCAGCUGGUGCAGUUUUCCGGCUAGUGGACGUGGGAGAGGAGCCCAGAGGUCAGGCUGCAGAACAUUCAGGUAUUGUUCGCUUGGCUUCAGGACGACAGCCCAUGUUGGCAUCUGACAAGGCAUCUGUUUCAGCAGAGCUGGUCAGUUCACACAGCUGAUGGGGUGGCAGCAAGUGUAUGUUUUUGUUUUCAUUUGUUCUGCAUGUCUUCCCUACAACUGAACUGGUUCUUUGUACAGUACAGCUAGUGCCGCUGCGGGAUACCUUUGUGAGUAUCUUAUGUACUUUUUUUUUUUCCCAUUUGGCCUUAUAAUUGGUAGAACUUAGCAGGUUUUAGAAACAAAUAACAGGCAUUUUGUCAACUAUAUGUUCCCAAUUCCUCACUUUGCAAUAUUAAUUAAGUUCUGUAAGGUUGGUGGCAGUAUACACUGUAGAAAAUAAAACCCACAAAAAUAAAAGGUCUAUGGAUUCAUCUGUUUAAUAUAGGGAUAUAACAUUUUGUCAAUACUAGGCACCAUAAGAUGUAAACACAAUUACGGUCAUAAACCUGGAUAUACCUUCAAGGAUUGAAAGUGGCUUUGUUUAGUUACCCUGUUUGCAUAUAGUGCAGAGAAAGGUCUUCGUGUUAUUAGCACUAUGUACAUAAGAAGAGCUCCAAAUUACAAGAGAGGCAGAUAAAAUUUGAGUUCUUUAAACAUUUGUUAAACUAAGUUUUGUAGUAACAUCCAGGUUUAUCUUCCUUUCACUAACCACGUUCCCUGUUAAGCACAUCAUAACAACAGCACAGUGAAGUGAAUGAUGAAAUAAAAGAAUUUUGAUACACUAGAAAACAGUGCUCAGUGAUACAUUUACAUUCUAUUUAUAUGAUUAAAUGUUCGAUCAUACAGUACCUUCCUACAGGAUUACUGGCUAAUUUGGGGGUGGGGUUUAUACUGUUAGAGGUAUUACUAACAUGAUAACUACUUCCCUUAUAUGCAGACAUUAGAGCUAUAAUUUUAUUGAGAGUAAAACUGAUUAUGCAAGUUGACUGAGCAGCUUCUCAAAUAAUGUGGUCUAUGAAAU